UGUAUGUUAAGGUGUGGUUGAUCUAAGAUAGCAAUUAGUUGUCUGACCUGUCACCAGUCAAUACAUAUUAAGAAUGAUGGACAUUCUAGAAAAAGGGAGUUUGGUAUCAGUCUCGACGUGUACAACUCCUGCAGCGCUCCAUUAUCGUGUAUACGUUGGGAAUAGUGCAGUCAUGCAUUUGACCAGUGGCGGCGCUCCCGUAAGUUGCAUAGAUCUCAAGAGUUUUAAAGGUGAUUCUAAACAUUUUAAAUUUGAAACAUGUCCGCGGAAUAUCGACCCCAACGAUGUCAUCAAACGAGCAUUGAAGUGUGAGGGUAAACAAUUCAGGAACCAAGAUUACGACGUGAAAAAGAACAAUUGUGAGCAUUUUGCUAGAUGGUGCUUUACUGGCGUGGCAAGGAGUUACCAAACGGAAAGCUGGUCUACAUAUAUUGGGCUUACUAUAUACAGUUACAUGCCAAAAGUGCCAAACUUGCGUUCAAAAAAAAGCUCAAGCUCAUGUCCAGAAUCGGACUUGAGCUCCAGUUCAUGUCCGAAAUCGGAUUCAAGCUCCAGUUCAUGUUCAAAAUCGGGUCCAAACUUCAGUUCAUAUCCAAAAUUGUUUCCAAGUUCCAGCUCAUGUCCGAAAUCGGAUUCGAGCUCAAGCUCAUGUCCAAAAUCGGACUCGAGCUCCAGUUCAUGUCCAAAGUCGGAUUCAAGCUCUAGUUCAUGUUCAAAAUCGGGUCCAAACUUCAGUUCAUAUCCAAAAUCGUUUCCAAGUUCCAGCUCAUGUCCAAAAUCGGACUCGAGUUCCAGCUCAUGUCCAAAGUCGGGUCCAAGCUCCAGUUCAUAUGUAAAAUUGGACUCCAGCUCAUGUACAAAGUCGGGUCCAGGAGGCAAAAGCAGUCUCAUUUUCACUGUUUGUUGAACACACAUUCAAUGACAAUGAGGAAUGUAAAUAUUUUCGUCUGUACUUUUCCACUCACCUUAAAAUGUUAAAAAACAGGCCCAAAAUUCUCUUAGUACAGGUUAUAAAAAAGUUCCACCAUAAUUUUAGCUUGUACAUGUUAUGCUUUUUAUUAUUAUUUUACCUGUAGGCCCACGGUAUAUUAAGAGCGAUUGUCUGUAAAAAAAAUCAAUCAAUAAAGGUGGCAAACUAAGAAAAAAUGAUUGUGUUUAUACAUUAGUAAUAAACAAGUGCAUGUUUCCGGUGUAACGGACAAAUUCAGUAUUUCUACCAUUGUUUACUCUUUUGAAAAGCAAAUGUUGGCUAACCUAAUCUCGUAUUUUGAAUAUUGUAUACAUUUCCAACAAAUUUAGAAUAGUCUAGGUAAAAGACCAAUAGUUUCACAAUUUCAUAUUUUAGGAUGCAUUCCGGUAUUUGCAGUUAUCUGCCAAAUAGGCUAUUGGCAAUAUCUAAAUAAUUUAUAAAUCAAAAGUGGCACGUAUUUAAAGAGAUUUUUCGUGGUAGGUUGUUAGAAGUUGCUUAGUUGAAUUACAGGUUUGAAAUUUUGGGUAGAUGUAAAAUCUGUGAGCAUUGUUGUCUGAAAAUUGGUACCGUAUUUUCCAGUGAAAAGAAAUAUAUAUAUAUAAAAGUGACCACCUAAUAACGGUUAUCUACAUAUCUACUUUUAAUAAGAUAUAAAUUUAUGAAUUAAUUUGUUUUUGUUUAUAUUAGCAAUGAAUAAUAUAUGGGUGGUGGCGCUGGCCCCGUCGGGUAGAGCUGCCCCCACCCCCGUCCGAGAUCCAGCCAUUGUUUCUCACAGCAUUGUUGCAUUUGUCAGUAUUUUGCCUUCUAAUUUUAAUACAUUACGAUCUAUAAUCUAUACUUUGAUGAUGUGAGCUUUUAUUUUUUAGAUGAAAGUAAAAAAUAUGUUUAGAAAAUAAAUACAUUAGAUUUACAUGUUAAUGGCAAAGAGUUUUUAUCAGAAG